AUGAAGAUUGUUGAAAGUGAAGAUGAUGAAUUACUGAAUAAAACUUCCCUUGCAUAUGGUUGCAAAGAUUCUCUUACUUAUGAUGAUCAAUUUGAUGGAGUCUGUUGGAACUAUCAACGACGUAAAUUAUGGCUUCUAAUGGAAGAUCCCGGGACAAGUACCGCAGCUAAGAUUUUUGCACUGAUAAGCAUAAUGAUGGUGAUAGUAUCAGUAACUGGUAUGAUACUUGGUUCAACACCAGAAUGGCAAGGUACCAUUAGUAAUACAAGUUUAACAGGAGAUAAAAUUGAUUUUCGAUUUCAUUCUACGUUGGAAUUUGUUGAAUUGACUUGUAUAAUAUGGUUUACAUUUGAAUAUUUUGCUCGAUUUAUUGUUUGUACAAGAAAAGGAAAAUUUUUAUUAGAACCAUUGAAUAUCAUUGAUAGUUUAACAAUCAUACCCUUUUAUGUGGAAAUUUUACUUUCAAUUUGUGGCUUUGGAGCACAUAAAUUUGGUGAUUUUCGUGGCCUAGCAACGGUUAUGCGUGUGGUACGUAUAAUGCGAGUAGCACGAAUAUUCAAACUUGCACGUUACUCCAGUGGCCUGAAAUCAUUUGGCAUUACUGUUAAGACCAGUCUUCCGGAACUAUCAAUGCUUAUAUUAUUUUUACUGACAACAGUAAUCUUCUUUUCAACGUUAAUGUAUUUUGCUGAACGUGAUGAACCAAACACAAAAUUUAAAUCAAUUCCACAUGCUGGAUGGUGGUGUAUCGUUACGAUGACAACUGUUGGUUAUGGUGAUUAUUGUCCAGAAACAUUGUUUGGUAAAUUGAUUGCUAGUUGUGCUAGCAUAUCCGGUGUAUUGGUAUUAGCAUUUCCAAUAACAAUGAUUGUCGAAAAUUUCUCACGUAAUUAUGAUAGUGAAAGGCAAUAUUUCAAACGAAUACAACGUCAACGACGAAUGGCUAAAACUUAUGAUUGA